ACCCUGAAGGCCUGAUUUCUCCGCCUUCCUCCCUCUGAGAUUCGUUCUGCAAUGCUCCCUUUCAUCUUGAUGCAGCAGAAAGCGCACAUUAUUUAAUUAUUAUAAAGUUCGCCUGCGGGGUUGAUUUUGGUGUUGUUGCUGAGGAGGAGUUGGAUAUUUUGUGGAAUUUGAUUGUGUUUUGGUUGCUUUGAUUCAGUGUUGCUACGGAAAUUUGGUUUGUUUGUGGAUUUCUGAAUUAAUCAACGCUGGCGGCUGUGUGGUGUGGACUUGAAGUUUGAGGUUUAGACUUUGAUCAUUAGUUUGCUGUAGAAAGUAAUCUGUUGGCGGCGGCGGUGGUGGUGGAGCUACUGCGUUUUGGAUUCCUCUUCGACGGCGAGUGUACGGUGACGGUGUAGGUUUGCAGGGAAGAUUGCGAGUUGGUUGAGGUUUGAGGGCGACGUGUAAAAGGAGGUGGGGAAAUUCUAUGAAUCAGGUCUUCACGUGGUGAAAAGAUGCCGCAUCGAACGACUUACUUCUUCCCGAGGCAAUUUCCGGACAGGAGUUUCAAUGAAUCAUUAAAGGCGUUGGAGGAUCACGAGAAGAAGUUUGGGAUUGAGGAUGGGAAAUCUGAAGCUCGUCAAUCCGAGGUCGUCGCUCUCAAGGCACCAACCAAUAAAGGCGAUGAUGCUAAGACAGGUGAGGAUAGGGACAGUUAUGGCGGACUCUCCAUUGGAGUCACGGCCACGGGGGACAAGAUUCACGAAAAGCAGCUGGCCGCCUUUGUAAAGUGGCUUUCGGAGAAGAAGCAGAAAGAGAAAUCGAAACGCCAUGUCGAUCACGUGAAGAUCAGACUGUACGAAAACGACGAUGGCAUCGAAGAGGAAGAUGAAGAGAAGAACCUACUUCUGCCUCCGCCGGCACCUCCGGCGGCGGACGGUGACCGGCGGCAGGAUUCGCUGCGGCGGCUGCCGAGUAAUGCGAGUAAUUACAGCAACACUGCGAAUCAAUAUCAUGGUAAGGAAAGGGGGUUUGAGAGGCAGGUUUCGCUGCAGAGAUUGUCGAGUGGAGGGAGCACCAGCUACGCCGGGAGCUUAUUUUCGGGGGCUACUUUAGACGGGAAUUGGUCUUCAACCACUACCGGAAUACUAAAUGAGUCCUCCGCCGUAAAGGAGGAGACGGAGGAGGAAGGCCUUGGGGCCGGCGAAAAUGUGGAAAAUGGACAGUCACAGAAGUACAAAGAAGGCUACCAAUUGUUGUUGACAUUGGCUAAACGUCUGACACAACAGGCAACACUUUCAGCCGAGCCUCUGCUCCAGCAAGAACGAAGAAUUGGGGGAUCUUCUGAUGCUGAAAUUGUAUCCUAUCGCCUCUGGGUGAGUGGCUGUUUGUCUUACAAUGACAAAAUUUCGGAUGGAUUCUAUAACAUUUUGGGAAUGAAUCCAUAUCUCUGGCUGAUGUGCAAUGAUAUGGAGGAAGGCAGGAGGAUGCCUUCUUUGAUGGCACUGAAAGCGGUUGAUCCUGAAGAGGCAUCAGUAGAAGUGAUUCUUGUGGAUCGACGAGGAGAUUCACAGCUGAGGGAGCUAGAAGAUAAAGCUCAAGAGAUAUAUUUCUCUGCGGAGAGCAUGUUUGUUCUUGCAGAAAAGCUUGGGAAGCUUGUUGCUGUCUACAUGGGGGGCUCUUUUCCUGUGGAGCAAGGUGAACUUAAUCUUGGUUGGAAACUUGUCAACAAGAGACUAAAGGAUUUCUAUAAGUGCAUUGUGAUUCCAAUAGGUAACCUGUCUGUGGGGCUUUGCAGGCACCGGGCUAUCCUGUUCAAGAAACUAGCAGACUAUGUAGGGUUGCCUUGUCGGAUUGCUCGAGGUUGCAAGUACUGUGUUUCUGAUCAUCAGUCUUCAUGCCUUAUCAAAAUUGAAGAUGAAAGUAAGCUUCCAAGGGAAUUUGUCGUUGAUUUGGUCGGACAACCAGGAAAUGUCCAUGGGCCAGAUUCAUCAAUCAAUGGAAGUUCCCUUUCCUCUGUUCCUUCCCCCUUUCAAGUAUCACAUCUAACAGAAUUUCAGCAAGAUAUGACUACUGAGGCUGAUUUUCAGUCAUUCAACUCAAAGCAUGCAUAUAGAAAUGACAAUCCUGCAUAUUCAGUUAAUGGGGAUGAAACAAAGGAUAUUAUACAUUCUGAAAAUAGAAAGAAUGAUGGCUGUGGUCCAGACGCAUGUGUUGAUACUGGUGCUGCAAUAUCUGGGGAUAAUUACCCUCGAGCAGGAGGUGAUGAGAUUAUCAUAAAACAUACAUACAAAAAGGAGAUUGUUGUAGCAGGGAACGGAGCUUUGACUCAUGGUGACGGGCCUCCCAGAGUAACCCUCUGUGAUAGCAAAGAUCUAAUGGAGAUUAAAAGUAAGUGCCAAGACCACAGGAAACAUAUCGCGGCAGUCAUUCCUAGGUAUCUAAAUCUAGAACCUUCUCUUGCAAUGGAUUGGCUCGAGAUCUCAUGGGAUGAAUUGCACAUUAAGGAGCGAAUUGGUGCAGGAUCCUUUGGCACGGUGCAUCGAGCUGAAUGGCACGGAUCGGAUGUAGCCGUUAAGGUUCUGACUAUUCAGGAUUUUCAAGACGACCAGUUAAAGGAGUUCCUGAGGGAGGUUGCCAUUAUGAAACGCAUUCGCCAUCCAAAUGUGGUUCUGUUCAUGGGCGCUGUUACAAAACGUCCCCACUUAUCCAUAGUGACAGAGUAUCUGCCGAGGGGGAGUCUAUUCCGAUUGAUACACAGACCAGCUGCCGGGGAGAUUCUAGACCAGAGGCGACGCAUUCGUAUGGCAUUGGAUGUGGCAAAGGGUAUCAACUAUCUUCAUCGUCUUAACCCUCCGAUAGUCCAUUGGGACCUAAAAUCGCCGAACUUGUUGGUCGAUAGGAAUUGGACUGUGAAGGUUUGUGACUUUGGUUUGUCAAGGUUUAAGGCCAACACAUUCAUCUCUUCAAAGUCUGUUGCUGGAACUCCGGAAUGGAUGGCCCCUGAAUUUCUUCGCGGGGAGCCCUCCAACGAGAAGUCUGAUGUGUACAGUUUCGGAGUAAUAUUAUGGGAGCUUGUCACAUUGCAACAACCAUGGAGUGGACUUAGCCCCGCACAGGUGGUUGGAGCUGUUGCUUUCCAAAACCGGAGGCUGACAAUCCCGCCAAACACCUCCCCGAUCUUGGUGUCUCUGAUGGAGUCAUGCUGGGCCGACGAGCCUGCGCAUCGCCCGGCGAUUAGCAGUAUAGUUGAUACAUUGAAGAAGUUACUGAAAUCUCCAUUGCAGUUGAUACAAAUGGGCAGUCCAUAAACUAGCCAGACCCCCGACCGGCCCCCAUUCCAGGUACUUUGCCGCCGUCUUUUAUCGUAAUAACAUUAUACAUAUAUAUGGAGGGCGGUUAUUUCUUUAACAGGAAUGAAUUAGCAGCAUGUAAUACAGCACAGCAAAGUUAUUAAGCAUUGCUGAAAAAAAAAAAAAAAUUAUAAAGAUAGAGAGAAAGAGAAUGAAAGAAACUAAAUCUGAAGGAAUACAAUAUACCCUUUUUAAUUAUGUAAUAGAGGAUGCUGUUGGAUUUAUGGAAAUGAAUCCACUUAUUAUUAUUA